AUCUGGCCAUGACUUGUCCUCUAUUUAGUGCAGUUGUUUUGUUUUUAAAUCUCUACCCACGACUCUUAUCACGCUUCAAUUAUCCCAACAACCGACGAAUGUAAACUGCAGAACCUUCGAACGAAUCUGGAUCCAAUUCCUCACGCAAGCCAUGACCGAGGGAAUCUUUGCGAUUAAAGCCGAGAAAAUCAAGAACCACGCAGCAAAAGCAUGGGCCGAAGUCAAACCGCUUGCCGAUGUUCUCCCCAGACCUCGACACGGUCCCCUUGCCCCGUUCUUCGGAACACCCGAAUGCGAUACUGUUCUAAAAAUGGCCUUGGAUGAAUAUCUCCAGAAGCCAUCUACCCCCGAAUUCAGAUCCCAUCUGAGAGUAAGCGGUCAUAUUGCUUUCCCUGGCGUAGUAGCCACCGGUCAGACAACGACGAUAUUAGUUCCUCUUCAGGUUAUUGGUGAGGUCAAUGUUGGGCCUGUUAGGAUUGAUCUCGAGCAUCAUUAUAAUAUUUUGAGUUUGUGUGAUGUGGAAGUGUCGGAGGGAGGGAAGAUGGUUGCGUUGGUUGUGUCGAAUAUACCGGCGCAGUAACUUGGAUGUUUGGCUUUGCGCUUUGGUGUAUGUUGGAUCUGUGUCCUUUUGCUUCUUGUUUGCUUAUUUGAAAUCAAUUAUAAUUGUUUGGGGAACGUUACAGUGGCGGGCAAGUUUAAAUUGUCUGCAGCUCCGCAUCAGCUUCCAUGCAAUGGUGGGGGUUCCAGAAGGCAGUAGUAAGUGUC